AUGUUACCAUUCCGGGUACUUGAUCUCUAUUGGCACAAGAAACCUAGUCUGCCAUUAACUUAUCUCUUUAUUGCAAAGAAGGUAAAUGCUGUACUACUGCUGAUUCUUUCUCUGAUUGAGCUGUUUUAUGCAGUGGCAUAUUUGGGUGAAAAGUACAAAGUUCCAGUUGUUGAUGUCGUCUCCCCCACAAUUUUAGUCCUAACAUUGGUACUUUCCAUUUUAAUCCUUCAUAUUGAAAGGAAAGGCGGCGUCAUGUCUUCUGGUGUUCUUACAGUGUUCUGGUUCUUACUUCUUCUUGGAGGCUUCUUCAGAUUCCUGGCUAAAGUAAAGAAAGUUCUUGAUACGGGUAUCAUCUAUGAUAUGGUGACAUUUGUAACUUUCUUCUUCCAUUAUCUGCUUGUGUUGAUCGGGUUCUUUAUGUCUUGUUUUGUACACAAGGAACCAGAUGUUCAGCAAACAGAUUCGAAUGUUUGCCCUGAAGAAAAAGCUUCCUUUUUGUCCAAAAUUUCCUUCUGGUGGGUCACAGGAUUGGUGAUCAGAGGUUAUCGUAAAGUUUUAGAAAAUGAAGAUUUGUGGUCAUUAAGUUCUUACCUUACUUCAUCACACAUUGUUGUCGAUUUUAAUCGAUAUUGGGCGAAAGAAAUGGAAAAAUAUAAACUUUCUGAGCAAAAACAAGUGCAUUUAAAGACGGUGGAAAAUGGGAAAGCCUAUGACAACGAAAUCCAAAUUGUCAGUGGGCACAAGAAAUACAAUGCCAAACUGCUGACUUGUUUGCUGAAAGCAUUUGGAGACAAAAUGCUCUUGGCUGCAUUUUAUAAACUCAUUCAUGAUAUUUUACUCUUUUCAAGUCCAGUCCUUCUAAAAUUGUUGAUUCGAUUCACCAGUGACAAGACUGAAUUUCUCUGGAAAGGUUUCUUGUAUGCUGUUGCUUUGCUUUCAUGUUCUACAUUACAAUCUGUGAUUUUACACCAAUAUUUCCACCAUUGUUUGACUGUGGGUAUGAAACUCAGAACAACUAUUGUUUCUGCCGUCUAUAAUAAGAGUCUUAAAUUAUCAAAUUCUGCCCGGAAAACUUCAACAGUGGGAGAGAUUGUAAAUUUGAUGUCGGUUGAUGCUCAGAAGUUCCAAGAUCUCAUGACUUACAUCAACACAGUUUGGUCAGGACCACUUCAAAUUAUUAUUGCUUUGUAUUUUCUAUGGCUCACACUGGGACCAGCUAUCUUGACUGGAGUUGGGGUAUUGGCACUUCUCAUCCCAUACAACCUUUACCUCACAAAUGCUGUCAAAAAAUUACAAAUGAAGCAAAUGAAAUUAAAGGAUGCCAGAAUGAAAAUGAUGAAUGAAGUUCUAAAUGGUAUUAAGGUUUUGAAACUGUAUGCAUGGGAAAAUUCUUUCAAAGAACAAGUCAUGAGAAUUCGAAAUGAAGAGGUAAAAAUCCUCAGAAAACAUGCCUACCUCAAUGCUGGAACGACUUUGGCUUGGAACUGUACUCCUGUCUUUGUUUCACUUUUUACUUUUAUGGUUUACAUUCUGUCCGAUGAGAAAAACAUCCUUGAUGCUGAGAAAGCUUUUGUUGCUCUGUCCUUGUUCAAUAUUCUUCGUUUUCCGAUGAUGAUGUUACCCAACAUGAUAUCAAGCCUCGUUCAAGCUCAAGUGUCUGUGGCUAGAAUUCGUGCCUUCUUAACGCAUGACGAAUUGGAUCCAUCAGCAGUUCAACAUGGUUCAAGUAUUUAUAAAGGGGUUGUUAUUGAUCAUGGAAUAUUUAAAUGGGACAAAGAUGAGGCUCCAAUUUUAAAAGACAUCCAGCUGAAAAUUCCAACAGGUUCAUUAAUUGCAGUUAUUGGGAUGGUGGGGUCUGGCAAGUCUUCUCUUCUCUCUGCUAUCCUGGGUGAAAUGGAAAAAACUGCAGGUUCCGUCAGAGUCGAGGGUUCAGUUGCCUACGUACCUCAGCAGUCCUGGAUUCAGAACAAGACAUUACAAAACAACAUUCUGUUUGGGAAACCCUUAUCAAAAUCUCUGUACAAUAAAACCAUUGAAGCCUGUGCAUUGGUGGCAGAUUUACAAAUCUUACCUGCUGGAGAUCAAACUGAAAUUGGAGAAAAGGGAAUCAACUUGAGUGGAGGUCAAAAACAAAGAGUAAGUCUGGCCCGUGCUGUUUACCAAAAUGCUGACGUCUAUUUAUUAGAUGAUCCUCUCAGUGCUGUUGACUCACAUGUUGGCAAACAUUUAUUUGAUCAAGUCAUUGGAAAUAAAGGAAUGCUUGCAGGCAAGACACGCAUUUUGGUAACUCAUGGCAUUGGCUUUUUGCAUCAUGCUGACAUGGUUGUGGUUCUCAAAAACGGACAAAUAACAGAAAAAGGAACUUUUCAAGAACUUUUGGCCCAUAAAGGAGCCUUUUCAGAUUUCUUGCAGACAUACUUAACCGAACAGAUGCAGUCUGCCGAUGGUUUUAAUAAGUUAAUGGAAUCUGAAGAGGACAUUGUCUCUUUGAUGGACACAGCUGGAAUGGAUGAGCUGAAAAAACAGUUUUCCAAGGAGAAGACCAUUCACUUGUCACAAAGCACAAUUUCUUUAUCCUCAGAACUCCAUUUGUCUUUAAAAAAAAAAAAAUUCUUCUUUUCUUUCUCUUUCUUUUUUCUUUCUUUUCUCUCUUUCUCUUUUUCUCUCUUUCUCUUUUUCUCUCUUUUCUCUUUUCUUUUCUCUCUUUUCUCUUUCUUUUCUCUUUCUUUUUCUCUUUCUUUUUUUUCUCUCUUUUCUCUCUUUUUUUUUCUCUCUUUCUUUUUCUCUCUCUCUUUCUCUUUCUCUUUUCUCUUUCUCUCUUUUCUUUUUCUCUUUUCUUUUUCUCUUUUUUCUCUCUUUCUCUCUCUUUUCUUUUUCUCUCUUUUCUCUCUUUCUCUCUUUCUCUCUUUUUCUUUUCUCUCUUUCUCUUUUUUCUCUCUCUCUUUCUCUCUUUCUCUUUUUCUCUCUUUCUCUCUUUUCUUUUCUCUCUUUCUCUUUUCUCUCUUUCUCUCUCUUUCUCUCUUUUCUCUCUUUCUCUCUCUUUCUCUCUUUUUCUCUCUUUUUUCUCUCUUUUCUCUCUUUCUUUUUUCUCUUUUCUUUUUCUUCUCUCUUUUUCUCUUUCUCUCUUUUUUUCUCUUUCUCUCUUUUCUCUCUUUUCUCUUUUCUCUUUUUCUCUCUCUUUUCUCUUUUCUCUUUUUUUCUCUUUUCUCUUUUCUCUUCUCUCUCUUUCUCUCUCUUUCUCUCUCUCUUUCUCUCUCUUUCUCUUCUCUUUCUCUCUCUCUCUCUCUCUUUCUCUCUCUUUUCUCUCUCUCUCUUUUCUCUCUUUUCUCUCUCUCUCUUUUUCUCUCUUUUCUCUCUCUCUUUUCUCUCUUUUUCUCUCUCUUUUUCUUUUCUCUUUCUCUCUUUCUCUUUUUCUCUCUUUUCUCUUUUUUCUCUUUCUCUUUUCUCUCUUUUUCUCUUUUUUCUCUUUUUUCUCUUUUUCUCUUUCUUUUUUCUCUUUUUCUCUUUUUCUCUUUCUCUUUUUUCUCUUUUUCUUUUUUUUCUCUUUUCUCUUUUUUCUCUUUUUUCUUCUCUCUUUUUUCUCUUUUUUCUCUUUUUCUUUUCUCUUUUUCUCUUUUUCUCUUUCUUUUUUUCUCUUUUUCUCUUUCUCUUUUCUUUCUCUUUUUUUCUCUUUUUUUCUCUCUUUCUCUCUUUUUUCUUUUCUCUUUUUCUCUUUUUUUUCUCUUUCUCUCUUUUUUUCUCUUUUUUUCUCUUUCUCUUUUUUUUCUCUCUCUCUUUUUUUUCUUUUUUUUUUUCUCUUUCUCUUUUUUUUUUUCUCUUUUUUUCUCUCUCUUUUUCUCUCUUUUUUUUUUUUUUCUCUCACAAAUUUCUUUUACUUUUGCUUUUCUUUCUCUUUUUCUUUGCAUUUCUCUUUUUCUUUGCAUUUCUUUUCUUCUUUUCUGUUUUUCUUCUUUUCUGUUUUUCUUCUUUUUUCUAUUCUGCUUUUCUGUUUUUCUUCUUUUUUCUAUUCUGCUUUUCUGUUUUUCUUCUUUUCUGUUUUUCUUCUUUUCUGUUUUUCUUCUUUUCUGUUUUUCUUCUUUUCUGUUUUUCUUCUUUUCUGUUUUUUUCUUCUUUUCUUUUUUUUCUUCAUUCUUCUUUUCUGUUUUCUUCUUUUUCAUCUUUUUCUGUUUUUUUCUUUCUUUUUGUUUUUCUUCUUUUUCUAUUUUUCUGUUUUUUUCUUUUCUUUUUCUUCUUUUUUCUAUUCUGCUUUUCUGUUUCUCUUUCGUCUUUUGCUCUUGUCUUUUUCUUUUAUCAUUUUUCAUCUUUUACUUUUCUUUCCUUUUUUUUCAUUUGUAUUUUUCUUUUUUUUAUGCUUUUCUUUUUUACUUUUUAAUAUAUUUUCUUUUUUUGCUUUUAUAA